AGGACUUCGAGAAGUCAAACGUACCGGUGGCUCCGGUCAAUGGAUUCCUCUCUCUCUGUCCAAAACGAGCUCUGAUCUUUCAUGUACUGAAUCUUUUGCUGGAUUAGGAGAGGUCCCUCCAGUUUUCUCUUUUCCGGAGAUCGGUGCAUCGAAAUGGCGCAACGAUCCCAUGUACCUAAAUUUGGCAACUGGGAAAGUGAAGAGAAUGUCCCUUACACUGCCUACUUUGACAAGGCCCGGAAGGGAAAAACCGGAGGGAAGUUGAUUAAUCCAAAUGAUCCUCAAGAGAACCCAGAUGCAUUUACCGAUGAUGCAACCCCAGUGCCGCUCAGAGCUGCAUCUGAUCCUGGGGUCCCACCACCAGAGGCGUCAAAGCCAAAGCACGAGAGGCGAUCAAGCAAGGAAGAUGCUGAGCUCAGGCGACAGACCGACUCCCCAGCUGCUCGUCAUGACCCAGGAGCCCGGAGAGGCAGCAGUGACUCGUCUCAUCUACGACAUGGAGACCGUGGAGUAAAUUCCAGCGACCCCAAGAAGGGUAAUAGAAUAAGUGGUGGAUCAGACCGCAGCAUCGAGCACUCACCCCUUCACCCGACUUAUCAGGCGAAGGUCGCAAGCAAAGGUGGGGUAUCGUCUCCGUCAUGGGAAAGGAAGGGGGCAUCCGAAGGCAGCCAAGGGUUAGCUCCAAACACCCCGGGAAGAUCCAGACUGAGAAAUGCUGCUCGAGGCGAUGAAACUCCCGAGAAAGGUGCGGCGGUACCAAAAUUUGGUGAUUGGGAUGAGACCAACCCUUCAUCGGCGGAUGGUUACACUCACAUCUUUAACAAAGUGAGGGAGGAGAAGCAGAUAGGCGCAGCAAAGGUUCCUGUCAUGCCAACUGAGUCAUCAUACAAUAAUAAUCACAGGCAAGAUAAUGCUCGCAAUUCUGAAACAACGAUGUGUUGGUGCUUUCCCAUGAGCAGAAAAUGAUGUCUGUGGGGUGUAGGCCUCUCCCUAUAUAUAUAUAUAUAUAUAUAUAUAUAUAUAUAUAAAGAUAAAGGGAACUCUUUUAGAAGUGCAUUCUUUUCUCUCUACUGGUGUGCGGAAAACCUUUUAUUUGCAUUUUUCCUCUGUAUACUUGUAAUACCUUUUCACCUUUUUUUCAUUUUGUGUUCCAUGUCUUGAUAGAAGGAGCUAGGACUUUUUUCCUUUUUAUUUUAUUUUUUGUUAUCCUAUUUGAAUGUGUUGCUGCA